AUGUUGUUUGUGUUUAUGGUUUGUAAAGAUAGCGUGGUGGAGCGCAAAGCUCUGAGAGAGAGAGUGUUCCCCAAACUUAGAGAGCACUGCAGACACACACUGGGACUGGAUGUCAGGGUGAUAGACCCAUUUGAGUCCAGUGAUCCCAGUCGUUGGCCAGAUGAAAACACGAGACAGCAGCUGAUUAAAGAAUGCAGAAAGAGCUCCGCAGGACCUUUUUUACUGGCUCUGGUAGGACAUCAGUAUGGCACAGCCAGUCUGCCGGCUCAGGUGGAGGUGUCAGAGUUCCAGCUGCUGCUGCAGGAGAGCCAGCGGGCGGGCGUCAGCACCCAGGAGCUGGAGCGAGCGUACCAGAGGGACGAGAACACCAUCCCUCCCUCCUACUGCCUCACACCUCUACACAGACACACCUGCUGUCCUCAGGAAGAAGAGGAGAUGAGGAUGAAGGCUAAAGAAGAAGAACUGAUGAAGGUGAUUCAGACGACUGUUAGUCUGUGCGUCCACAGCGGUGUUAUAAGCCCAGAGAGAGCCCAGAGCUACUACAGAUCAGCCCUCGAUGCAGAUCUGCGAUUUGCUCUGGACAACCGUCCUGAUAAUGACAUCAUCAGACGCUGCCUGGUUUACGUCCAGAGAGUCAUCAACGCAAAAGGAGAGCUAGAGAAGAGACAGAUGACGUCACAACCUCAGCCACAGUCAGAGGCUGCUACCUUUGACGUAAGGACAACACCCACUGAUGGACAAUUGUUCUCAGAUCUUCAUGACAACUUCCUCCCUGGUCUCAUCACUUCCUCCCAGCUUCUAGUCUACAGCACUGCCACAGAGUGUGACCAUCGCUAUGGUUACACCACAGCCAGGAGGCGGGGCUAUGCCGAGUGUCUGUGCCAGCAGGUGUACUCUGACCUUGUGGGGUUGAUUGACACCUUGAGCGUCUUAGACAGCAGUGAGGGCUCUCAGCUCGGUGAUGCUUUGGCCAGAGAGCAGGCGGAGCAGCAGGAGCUGUGUGACGUACUGUCUAGAUUUUAUGACAUCAUUCGUCCAGAGGAGGAAAAGGUCAGAGCCUACGUGCAGCAGAGUGGGCAGCAGUGCCCACUAGUGGUGACAGGAGGACCAUGCACAGGAAAGACCGUUCUGAUGGCACAUUGUUCUCAACAGAUAAAGACUUGGCUACCAGACUGUGAUCCUGUGGUGGUAACUUAUUUUUGCAACCUGUCAAUCAACCCUUCUCCAAGGCACCUGUUGUCGAGCCUGUGUUAUCAAAUUGUUUGUGGAUAUCACAGCGAAUCUUCCUCUGAGCAGAAUCCCAGCGACCUGGACGAUCCUAGCUGUACCACUAACCUCAGGGAUUUCAAUCCCAACAUUUGUUUGUCUGAGCUUAAAGAGCGUCUCUCAUCCCUCCUCUCCAUCAUGCCCUCUACCAAACAACCUCUAGUUCUAAUCCUCUUUGGCCUGGGUCACAUCAAAAACAACUUUGGACCUUACAUCCUGGACAGCCUCCCGUCCCCCCUUCCUCCCAGCGUCAAACUCAUCCUCACAGUCUCCUCCAACAGAACACAAAUCCUGCAAGCCCUCAACCCACAAAGAAGUCCUCCUCAGUGUGUGUCAGAGGGCAGUGAGAAGGAGUCAGGAUAUGUGUGUGUUCAGCUGGGAUUGGUGGACAGGAAACAGCGUGUGAAGAUGUUGGUGUCACUGCUGAGCAGUUCAGGGAGAAGGGUGACAUCAGGACAACAGGCACUGGUGAACCAGGCGCUGACUUCCUGUCAUCUGACCCUCUACGCUCGACUCCUGCACUCACACACCUCACUCUGGCACUCUGAUUCAGAUGUGACUGAGUCGUCUCUCCCUGAUGGCGUCCAUUCAUCCAUUUCUGCGCUGCUAGAUCACCUCGAGCAGAAGCACGGCUACUCUAUCGUGGCUCGUGCCGUCUCCUACCUCAGCCUCUCCAGGUCCGGGCUCACUGAGGCCGAGCUCGCUGAUCUUCUGUCCAGUGAUCACAAGGUGCUCACUGAGUACGUUCAGCAGGAUGAGAGCCCUCCCUCCGAUAUGAGGGUCCCUCAAAUCUGCGUGGAGAGUCUUCUAUUAGAUUUGAGGAGGUUUCUCAUUAGGAGGACACUUGCAGGGUCACAUGUUUUGUCCUGGGUAAGCAGGCACUUCAAGCUGGUGGUGGCUAAGAGGUGUUUAGGCACUCAUGAGGUGAGGAGGGAGAUUCAUUCGGCAAUGGCGGACUAUUUCAGUGGCCGAUUGUCUGGACCAAACAAGGACGGCGCCCAAAUGGAAAUACACAUAGACAGGCAGCCAUGCAGCCAGCCGUUUGUUUUCGCCUCUUCUUUCAAUGAGGUUGCCCGCGUGAACUUGAGGAUGGUCUUAGAAUUGCCGCAUCACUUGCAAGAAAGUAACAAAUUGUGGGAGUUGGAGCACGGGCUUUUAAUGUCUUUGAGGUUUCAGCAAGCGAUGGUUCGAGCAGGACUCCUGGUAGAUUUGGUAGCCAUGUUGGAGGGUGAGGAUGGAUCACCCAACUCCUGUUUGUCAAGGGAAAGAGCGCUCCUAGCAAGCAUAUUGAAGUCUUAUGCUUGCUUACUGCAGAGCUCACCUCUGCAGCUGCCAUCAGUGAUGGAGACUAGCCUCCUCCCUCAUCUGGAGGUAUUUCCUGAGCUCAAAGGUUAUGCCAAGGAGAUCAGACUGGAGAGGAGGGAAAGAAGAAUGGGAUUAGGAGUAGCGCUUUGCCCUGCUCCCCCUUCUGUUCCCUCCAUUCAGUGUUUAAAGUGUGAUGCCAAAACCAAGGAUGCCUCUGUUAGAGAAGCAGCUGGCACAGAGUGUGGGAUUGUCGCAGAGAUCAUGGAUGAUGGCAUGGCUUGGUUUUGGAAAGGCUCCGGGUGUGAUGUAGUCAAACUAUUACUGAGCUGUGAGCAGAAGGAGAUGAAGUUUGCAGGAGUGAAGAGCAGCGGCCAAUUCCUACUGCUUCACACACAGUGCAACAAGCUUUUCUUGUGGGACGUGACGGGCCCAGAAAAGUUUCUGCAGGUUAAGGACCCUUUGAAAACAACGGCAAAGAAAGUUGAGGGGUUUGUUGCAUAUCAGGAAAAGAUAUUUAUGUGGUGGAAAGAUGAGAGUUUUGUGAGUGUGUUUGAUGUCUCCAGUGAGACUUUGACUCAUUUCCUGUGUCAGAGCUUUGUGACCAGUUUAGUUUGCUCCUCUAAUGGCUUUUACAUGUACUGUGGGCAGGAGGAAGGCACAGUGUCCAUAUUUGACACCAACACCGGCAGCCUCCUCGGCACUUGUUCAAACUCUAACCACAAUGCGGUUGCAUUAAUACUCCUGUGUGAAGAUAAAUGGGAAAUGGCAUGUGUUGACAGGACGGGGGGUUUAACCCUAUGGGAUGUAGCAGCCAAAAGAAACCCACCCAGACUUGUCACAGAAAGCUUUGCUGUAGGUGAAUCUAAUAACAUCCUCAAUGUAGAUUACUCACAUGAAAUUGUUACUUUAUUGGUGUGUCAACCUCACCAGGUUGCACUGUGGGAUACAUGUGACUGGGAGCUGUGGGACCACUUCUUGGCUCCGAAGGGGAGGGCCUUCACUCAAGCUGUGCUUUCCCAGGAUGGCCACCUUUUCCUGGCUUUGUUAGACGCCUGUCCCCUCGUCUUGGUGUGGAAGGUCAGCACAGGGGAGUGUGUUCUCUCCUUAGAAAUAAACAACCAGCCUCGUACACUCCUCAAAACCGCUUCAGAUGUUGUUUGUGUCUCUCAUGACGGCUGCCUGACAGUGUGGGACUCUGGGAUGAUAGAUGCUGCAGGUACAGCUCCGAAAAUGGGGUGUGGAGUGAAAGAAGUGGUGGUUGAACGAACAGGAGAGUGGUUCUACACCUCUGAUGGGUCAGAGACUGUGUGGAGAUGGAGAUUAGAAACAGGACUUCCACAUGCUAACUUCCUCCAUGAUGGUCCCGUGGAAAAACUACGUCUUUCUCCCGAUAACCUCCACCUUGUGACACUCUCAGCAGGGGAAAUAUACGUUUGGCAGACAAAAACCGGGCAGAACAUCUUGCGUAUGAGAGGCAGCAGAGCGACAGACAUCCUGAUCAGCCCCAACAGUAACUUUGGGAUCAGUAUUUCUAAGCGAGGGUUGUCUCGGGUUUGGAAGCUGACACACGGGAGCAUUGUGUGCAGCAUACACUCGCACCUAUCUGACGCCCAGGUGUCGCCUGAGAACACCUUCCUUAUUGGCCUUCGGCAUGGAGACCUGGUAGCUGCCAGUCUGUGGUCGGGCUUGAUCAGCAAGCGCUUCUCCUGCGUGGAAAGCUCGGAGCAUGUUGUUGCUUUCCACACACUUUCAGAGCACCCAGACUUUGUGGUGGUGAUGGCUGCUUCAGGGGCGGUGUACACCUGGAAAGUAGCAGAGCAGACCCUGUGCAAGCACUUCCAGCUGCCUUCUAGGUUUCACUGUCAGCCACAAGACUUCCAGAUGUCCUCUGAUGGGAGCUACGCCCUGCUGUCGACUGAUAAUGAAGCCAUCAACCUCUUGGACUUAGCUCAGGUCAGGCUGUGCUCAUUCAAGGCCGAGGGUCCUGUCAUCAAAGCUUGUUUGGACACAACUGGAUGCUACGCUGCCUACAUAUCCCGUCCCACCUCUACCCUGGAGAAAAACUGCAAUUGUUCCCUGCACGCCAGGCCCGUCCUCACGGUUGUACGACUCGCAGACGGGGAAAGAAUAGGAAGUGUGUGUCUGUCUAAGAAUCCGCUGACUCUGGUUGUGUGUGAGCGGCAGUGUGCGUUUGUGGGAUUUGAGGACGGGUCUGUUGGUGUGUAUUCAAUUUUAGAUGUCACGGUCAACGGGGAGGACUCGGUCAUGUGCAGAGAGGAUUUAAAUGGCCAGUUGAAGAAAUGCCCCUUUGACAGAGUAUUCAGCUGGUUACCACUUGCAACCCCGAAUGUUAUAUGGCCUUAAGAGUAUUACCGUAUUAUUAUUAUUAAUAAUAAUUAAGAUUAUUAUUACAUUGUGAGAUAGAGCAUUGGGCAUUGGCAGAGAUCUUCACUCUCUUAGUGCCGUACGCUGUUGUUAGACUGAGUUAUUAAAAACAUCUAUAUAUAUUAUAUGAUGUUAUGAUACUAUGAUAGCACACAAAGUGAUUGUACGUAUAUGUGUAUAUAUGCAUAUAUUGAUGUAUACAUUUAAAAAUAGUGCAUGUGCUACACUUCUGGGGAAACUGCAGCACUGUUUGUUUCAGUUUCAGCUGCUCUGAAUCCAUGAUGAUGAUGACCUCACAGCAUUUAAGUUUCACUUCUGUAAAAACUAAACCAAUCAGUUUAAACCACAUCUACUGCAUGUAUUGUUGACACAGAGAUCAUGUUGACACAUUUAUUUGUAAUAAUAAAAUAC